UCUGUCAAAUGUCAAUUUUUUCAUUUCCUCGCGACGAUAAACUACUGAAAGUAAUAAAAAACUAAUAUUGUUCACAAUGCUGUUCGGAAGCUCGGAGGCGUUGAUGAGUUGUGAUUCGGAUCACCAUUUCGAAUUACUUACAAGGGAUAGAAACAAAUGCACUUUAAUAGCUGACAUAAUUGUUUUACAAUGUGUCUGUGUAUGGGUAGGAGCAGCAACGAUCCUCAGUUGCGUUUGGACUCCAGAGUAUUCAACGCGGGACUACGACAAAUUGGCUCGAAUCAUGUACCUGUAUGAUUCCGAGGCCUGUGGCUACCAGCUCAAGAAAGCCAAGAUGAUAUCAAACUUGCAGAUCAGUAAUGAGACGUAUGACCUUGAUGUUCUUCCCAUCAAAUGGCAGCCAGCUAUCACCACUGUGUCUACUCGUCUCUCAGCUAAGACAAGAAAAUACAUAGAAUUAAGCUUAACCUUCCACGUUCUAUGGUUCUUUCUAGCCAUUGCGUUUCGGGUCAUCAUGAAGAAUAACUCGGAUAUACGCGCUUUGAAAUUCGCUCUAGAUAUAUUCUUCUACAGCUGCGUCAUCAUUGUCGGUUUUGACUUCUCAAUGGCAAUAGUCUACGUCACGCAUAUCAAGCAGAGCUUAACUAAAGGAAUGAUAUUGAGGUACAGUGGAUGGAACAUCGAUCUGAAACUAGACAGCUAUGAUAACUUCGCCGGCUGGCUCCCAAUCCUAGCCUCUGUAUGCUGGCUACGGGGUAUUGUAUUCUUCAUGAUCAAUGUGUACUUCUGUAAAGUUAUCAGAAUUAUCUUAAAAAAGAUCAGGAGGAAAGAGUUCAGAAAGAAAUGGCCUGUCGAUCAGUAUAAUCCGUUCCCCGAACCACGACAACUUGAAUCUGAUGACAAUAAAAUCCUAGUGUACAGGUUGGGGGAGCAAAACCCUCAAAUUUAAUUAAAAUAUUCGGUGAUUUAUAUUAAGAUUUAAUAUCUAUUAAGUAUAUAACACUAAAACCAAUUUGAACCUUAGUGAAAAGGAAAUAGAGCUCAUUUUUUGCAAUAAAAAAGUUCGUAAAAGUAACAGACUUUUAUUAUAUAGAUUA